AUGAAAAGUUCCAUCCUCCCGGCGUCUGUCGACAUUUCCCCAGGCGACUUUGACUCCGCAACAGCCAACGAACCGGAGUCUGACCCUCACGACAUCCUGACACUAGAUGCGGUACCGCCGAACGUGGCUGAUGCCUUGAUCAAGGUCUACAUCGAGAAGGUGCUGCCCCAGUAUCCAUUCUUUCUCGAGGAAGAUCUAUAUCUAUAUCAAGCUCUCGUCUACCACGGAGCAAAGACCGUCAAUGCUGACCUCCAGCGUCGGGCCGAGUUUGUCGUGACCAUGAUGAUGGCGAUUAGCACUCUGACCUCCAAGUCGCCCAAUCACCACCGACUUAUGUCGUUCAGCCAAAGUCUGUACCGGUUCGCAAUGCAACGGUACGAUACGCUAUCGGCGUCAACCCUCUGCCAUCUCCAAUGCACCAUGCUGCUCUGCCAGUUUGCCAACUUCUGUCCUGCAAUAGCAGAAGUCUGGACUCUGAAGGGAAUGGCAGUGAGAAUGGCCAUCGCCCUCGGACUACACAAAGAGCCUGACGCCGCCUUGGGGAUUUUUGAUCAGAAACAAUCGGAGUUACGUAGGCAGAUAUUCUGGACACUAUAUUCGAUGGACCGAUCCAUUUCCAUUACCGCUCACCGCGCAGUCAGUAUCGAGGACGAUCUCGUUGAUGUCGGAUGGCCUUAUCAGAACCUGGACGCCGAGGUGCUCUCCUUACGUCCUGGACGGGAGACGCAGACCAUACGAUUUCUCCGCCACGUGCGGUUUCGACAGAUCCAGUCCGAGAUCUUCGCGGUCAACUUCCAAAGCAAAGACCCCAGCAUCCUCCCGUACAGCGAAUGGAUGAAAGCCAAAGAUGCAGAACUGAUGGAGUGGCGGCGGAGUCUGGAUAUGCUCCACGACACCGGCUUCGACUGGUUCGACUUCGUCACCUACACGGGCCAGCUGUACUUGCACAUGCAUUGUCCUCGAAACCCGCAUCCAGACACAACUUCGGUGCUGACCGGGUUCGAUGCUGUCAACGGCAUCGCCGAUGGUUACCUCCGGAUGCUCCACAGAGGCUUCCUGAAAUUCGACUGGCACUGUGCCCAUCAAGCAACCGCUGCCGGUGUUCUUCUUAUUCGAUCGGUCAAAGACCACUAUCAAACUCUUCUGCGCUGCCAUUCGAGCCGGGAGGUGAACGAUGUCCUGGACAAGUAUUCUGAAAUCCUGAUGCUCCUUACCGACCGCUGGCCCACUGCUUCUGUCUGUCAGCAAAAGUUUGAGGGUUUGAAACACGACUUAUUCGUCGCUUUCUCGCUGUCGGCAGAUAUCCUGUUGAACUCUGGGGCUGCUGCUCAACGAAUCCCCAGCGGUGACUCGGUGCCGACCAGUCUGACAGCACCUGGAGAGUUACCUUUAGCUACUUUCCCCUUGGGACUCGCAGCCACUGGAGAACAGACGGCGACCGAUGCUGACCAAGUAUUCGACACCACAGAUCUGGAUUCGUGGGCUUAUACCAUCAAUGUUUUCAGAGAUUAUACCGACCAGGACUGGGAUAUCAUGGCCGGGCAAGCCGAGAUGCACUGGCCAUUCUGA